AUGUCAGGAUCAAACCAUUCACACACACCAUAUACUUAUGAUCCUGCAAGUUAUGCUCCCACAACUAACACAUCUUCCUCGACUAGUGAUCUAUCCCAAUCAUAUUAUGGAUACGAUUAUACAGCGUACCCUUCUAAUGUUCCUUAUCAAAGCAACUCAAAUUCCAGUACUUACGAUAAUUAUGAGUAUUCUUCAUAUGGUAGUAACAACUAUUAUUAUUCUGGGGCAUCGUCAGCACCAAAAGCGUCUACAGCGACUGUAGUAGAAGCUCCAGCAGUUGUAAACACUUCGCACUCCAUGUCUUCAAAUCCAAGUAAAUCUGCAAUGAUUCAGCAUCAAGAUAGAGGAAUCAAUUCUGGUAUUCAUCAUGCAAAGGAUGAUAUUGUAAGUGGGCAUUAUGAUAUGCAAAGUGGAAUUAAUAAACAGCCCGGUUCAAAAAAGAAACCAAAGACAAUAAUUAGAGCUGCAGGUGGUGAAAUUUGGGAAGAUCCAACAUUAUUAGAAUGGGAUACUAAUGACUUUCGUUUAUUUUGUGGUGAUCUUGGUAAUGAAGUGACAGACGAUAUCUUAUAUAAAGCAUUUAGUAAAUAUCCUUCUAUACAAAAAGCCAAGGUCAUUCGGGAUAAACGUACAAAUAAAAGUAAGGGAUAUGGUUUUGUUAGCUUUAAAGACGCAGAUGAAUUUGUCAAAGCUUGGAAAGAGAUGAAUGGAAAAUAUGUGGGUAAUAGACCAAUAAAAUUACGAAAAAGUACAUGGAAGGAAAGGAACAUAGAUGUUAAAAAUAAAAAGCACCACCCUUACAAAUAG